CGGCUGCCACGUUGGAGCGGAACGUGGAGGUGGCCCUGGGCGGGGAGGAGGGGCGGCGGCGAAUGCUGGGAGAGUCUGACGGGCGCCGCGCUCACGCAGGAACUGGUCGCCGAGGGUCCCCGCCAGCAGGAUGAAGUUAAAGGAAGUAGAUCGUACGGCCAUGCAGGCAUGGAGCCCUGCCCAGAAUCAUCCCAUUUACCUAGCUACAGGAACAUCUGCUCAGCAAUUGGAUGCAACAUUUAGUACCAGUGCUUCCCUUGAGAUAUUUGAAUUAGACCUUUCUGAUCCAUCCUUGGAUAUGAAAUCUUGUGCCACUUUCUCUUCUUCUCACAGGUACCACAAGUUGAUUUGGGGGCCUCAUAAGAUGGAUUCCAAAGGGAAUGUCUCUGGAGUUCUGAUUGCAGGUGGUGAAAAUGGAAAUAUUAUUCUUUAUGAUCCUUCUAAAAUUAUAGCUGGAGACAAGGAAGUUGUGAUUGCCCAGAAUGACAAACAUAGCGGCCCAGUGAGAGCCUUGGAUGUGAACAUUUUCCAGACUAAUUUGGUAGCCUCUGGUGCUAAUGAAUCUGAAAUCUACAUUUGGGAUCUAAACAAUUUUGCCACUCCAAUGACACCAGGAGCCAAAACACAGCCCCCAGAAGAUAUUAGCUGCAUUGCGUGGAACAGACAAGUUCAGCAUAUUUUAGCAUCAGCCAGUCCCAGCGGCCGGGCCACUGUAUGGGAUCUUAGAAAAAAUGAACCUAUCAUCAAAGUCAGUGAUCAUAGUAACAGGAUGCAUUGCUCUGGGUUGGCCUGGCAUCCUGAUGUUGCUACUCAGAUGGUUCUUGCCUCUGAGGAUGAUAGGUUACCAGUGGUCCAGAUGUGGGAUCUUCGCUUCGCCACCUCUCCUCUCCGUAUCCUCGAAAAUCAUGCCAGGGGGAUUUUGGCAAUUGCUUGGAGCAUGGCAGAUCCUGAAUUGUUGCUGAGCUGCGGAAAAGAUGCUAAGAUUCUCUGCUCCAACCCAAACACAGGAGAAGUGUUAUAUGAACUUCCCACCAACACACAGUGGUGCUUUGAUAUUCAGUGGUGUCCCAGAAAUCCUGCUGUCUUAUCAGCUGCUUCCUUUGAUGGACGUAUCAGUGUUUAUUCUAUCAUGGGAGGGAGCGCAGAUGGUUUAAGGCAGAAACAAGUUGACAAGCUUUCAUCAUCUUUUGGGAAUCUCGAUCCCUUUGGCACAGGACAACCCCUUCCUCCAUUACAAAUUCCUCAGCAGACUGCUCAGCAUAGUAUAGUGUUGCCUCUGAAGAAGCCACCCAAGUGGAUCCGAAGGCCUGUUGGUGCUUCCUUUUCAUUUGGUGGCAAACUGGUUACCUUUGAGAAUGUCAGAAUGCAGUCUCAGCAGGGAGCUGAGCAGCAGCAGCACCAUGUGUUCAUUAGUCAGGUUGUAACAGAAAAGGAAUUCCUCAGCCGAUCGGACCAACUUCAGCAGGUUGUGCAGUCACAAGGAUUUGUCAAUUAUUGUCAGAAAAAAAUUGAUGCUUCUCAGACUGAGUUUGAAAAAAAUGUGUGGUCCUUUUUGAAGGUAAACUUUGAGGAUGAUUCUCGUGGAAAAUACCUUGAACUUCUAGGAUACAGAAAAGAAGACCUAGGAAAGAAGAUUGCUGUGGCCUUGAACAAAGUGGAUGGAACAGAUGUGGCUCUUAAAGACUCUGAUCAACUAGCACAGAGUGAUGGGGAGGAGAGCCCUGCUGCUGAAGAGCAGCUCUUGGGAGAGCACAUUAAAGAGGAAAAACAAGAAUCUGAAUUUCUACCGUCAGCUGGGGGAACAUUUAACAUCUCCAUCAGUGGUGAUAUUGAUGGUUUAAUUACUCAGGCUUUGCUGACUGGUAACUUUGAGAGUGCUGUUGACCUUUGUUUACAUGAUAACCGCAUGGCUGAUGCCAUUAUAUUGGCCAUAGCAGGUGGACAAGAACUCUUGGCUAGAACCCAGAAAAAAUAUUUUGCGAAAUCCCAAAGCAAAAUUACCAGGCUAAUUACUGCAGUGGUAAUGAAGAACUGGAAAGAGAUUGUUCAGUCUUGUGAUCUUAAAAAUUGGAGGGAAGCUUUAGCUGCAGUAUUGACUUAUGCUAAACCAGAUGAGUUUUCAGCCCUUUGUGAUCUUUUGGGAACCAGGCUUGAAAGUGAAGGUGAUAGCCUCCUGCAGACUCAGGCGUGUCUCUGCUAUAUUUGCGCAGGGAAUGUAGAGAAACUAGUUGCAUGUUGGACUAAAGCUCAAGAUGGAAGCAACCCUUUGUCUCUUCAGGAUCUGAUUGAGAAAGUUGUCAUCCUGCGGAAAGCUGUACAACUCACCCAAGCCAUGGACACUAAUACUGUGGGAGUUCUCUUGGCUGAGAAAAUGAGUCAGUACGCCAAUUUGUUGGCAGCACAGGGCAGUAUUGCUGCAGCCUUGGCUUUUCUUCCGGAAAACACCAACCAGCCAAAUAUUGUGCAGCUUCGUGACAGACUUUGUAGAGCACAAGGAGAGCCUGUACUAGGGCAGGAAUCACCUAAAAUUCCUUACGAGAGGCAGCAGCUGCCCAAGGGCAGGCCUGGACCAGUUGCUGGCCACACACAGAUGCCGAGAGUUCCAUCUCAACAAUAUUAUCCCCAUGGAGAAAAUCCUCCACCUCCAGGUUUCAUAAUGCAUGGAAAUGUUAAUCCAAAUGCUGCUGUACCUCAGCUUCCCACGUCUCCAGGUCAUAUGCACACCCAGAUACCACCUUAUCCACAGCCACAGCCUUAUCAACCAGCCCAGCCGUAUUCCUUCGGAACAGGGGGGUCAGCAAUGUAUCGACCUCAGCAGCCUGUUGCUCCUUCUGCUUCCAACGCUUACCCUAACACCCCUUACAUACCUUCUGCUUCUUCCUAUUCUGGGCAGUCUCAGCUGUACACAGCACAGCACCAGGUCUCUCCACCUCCCUCCAGCCCUGCUGCUUCUUUCCCUCCUCCCUCUUCCUCUGGAGCAUCCUUCCAGCAUGGCGGACCAGGAGCUCCACCAUCAUCUACAGCUUAUGCACUGCCUCCUGGAACAACAGGUCCUCAGAAUGGUUGGAAUGAUCCUCCAGCUUUGAACAGAAUACCCAAGAAGAAGAAGAUGCCUGAAAACUUUAUGCCUCCUGUUCCCAUCACAUCGCCAAUCAUGAAUCCCUUGGGUGACCCCCAGUCACAGAUGCUGCAGCAACAACCUUCAGCUCCAGUACCACUGUCAAGCCAAGCUUCAUUCCCACAGCCACAUCUUCCAGGUGGACAGCCCUUCCAUGGCAUACAGCAACCCCUUGGUCAACCAGGCACGUCACCAUCCUUCUCAAAGCCCAAUAUCGAAGGUGCUCCAGGGGCUCCUAUUGGAAAUACCAUCCAGCAUGUGCAGUCUUUGCCAACAGAAAAAAUUACCAAGAAACCUAUCCCAGAUGAGCACCUCAUUCUAAAGACCACAUUUGAAGAUCUUAUUCAGCGCUGCCUCUCUUCAGCCACAGAUCCUUUCUUUCUCUUGGUUCCACCUUUAUUUCAGCUUUCACCAACAAUCAUCAGUGGUUUACACAGCAUUGCGAGGAGCAUUGAAACGAGAAACUACUCAGAAGGCCUGGCCAUCCACACCCACAUAGUCAGCACCAGCAACUUCAGCGAGACCUCGGCUUUCAUGCCAGUUCUCAAAGUUGUUCUCACCCAGGCUAAUAAGCUGGGGGUCUAAAAGGACAGAGUCACUCCCAGCCAAUAUUGCCGUUUUUCCAAAGAAACAUGUUUUAAAAAAUGAUAAGAUAUGGACCAAUCCUCGUUUGCAUGUUUCCAUAGCAGCCAGUCAAAAGCAUUUACACUGUUUCUGCAGAUGUACUCACCUUAGAACUGCUCAAACCCUGGUGCUUUCUUUUGUUUUAAUCUUUUAUUUCCAAGGUGAUUUUCCUGUUCUGCAAAUAGUAUAUUUCCUGUGUUACACAUAGUGUGUUUUCCUGAAGUAUCCUAAUAAAAUGUGGUUUUUGAAACCUCAGUAUACUUUUUGGAAAAGGAGCAUCUGGUUAUGCACAAAACAGAGCUAAAACUAAAUUUCUUUCAUGUCCUCCCUACUUCCUCCAUGUCAAUCAGAUUAAAGUGUGUAAUCUUA